AUGUCAGCGGCCGCGCGCAGACGUCAGGCAGCUGGCGUGAGAGGAGAAGCUCCCUCUGCCGCCGCAGUGGUCGCUCCAGCUCGCGGAGAUGAGGACCCGGGCAUGGCGGCGGCCCCGAGCCUUUCCGCCUGCCUCAAGUUGCUGGCGGCUGCCUUCUACGGUUUCAGCUCUUUCCUCAUCGUGGUGGUGAACAAGAGCGUCCUCACCAGCUACGGAUUUCCUUCCUCGCUAUGUGUGGGACUAGGCCAGAUGCUGGCUACAGUAGUUGUCCUUUGGGUGGGAAAGGCACUCAGGGUGGUGAAGUUUCCAGAUUUUGACAGACAUAUACCUCGAAAGACUUUUCCACUACCUCUUCUCUAUUUUGGGAACCAAAUCACAGGACUGUUCAGCACAAAGAAAUUGAAUUUGCCAAUGUUUACAGUCCUGAGACGGUUUUCCAUUCUGUUUACAAUGUUUGCAGAAGGAAUCUUACUCAAGAAAAAAUUUUCUUGGGGAAUUCGGAUGACAGUAUUUGCAAUGAUAAUUGGUGCAUUUGUAGCUGCAAGUUCUGAUUUGGCAUUUGAUCUAGAAGGUUACAUUUUUAUCUUGAUCAAUGAUGUCUUGACAGCUGCAAAUGGUGCUUAUGUAAAACAGAAGCUAGAUUCAAAGGAGCUGGGAAAAUAUGGACUCCUUUAUUAUAAUGCACUAUUCAUGAUUCUUCCUACUUUGGGCAUUGCCUACUUUACAGGAGAUGCACAAAAGGCAAUGGAAUAUAAAGGUUGGGCAGAUUCUCUCUUCCUUGCACAGUUUACACUCUCCUGUGUAAUGGGGUUUAUUCUGAUGUAUUCAACAGUACUUUGCACUCAGUAUAACUCUGCCCUUACAACUACAAUAGUUGGUUGUAUUAAGAAUAUAUUAAUAACUUACAUAGGAAUGUUCUUUGGAGGAGAUUAUAUUUUCACAUGGACAAACUUUGUAGGAUUAAAUAUUAGUAUUGCUGGAAGCCUGGUAUAUUCCUACAUCACCUUUACAGAAGAACAAAUGAGUAAACAGCCUGAAGCUAGCAUCAAGAUGGACAUUAAAGGGAAAAGCUCUGUAUGACAAAAGACAUACUUACCAGAGUAACUCUUGCUUUUUAACGAGAUGUGCUGACAAAUCAGUGUCAUAUGCAGUCUUUGUGAAUGGAACUGGGUGGCUACUUUGUAUUUGCACAAUCAGAAGAUUGCCACAUUUGGAAUCAACUAUUUAUACUGGACUGCAUAGAUUGCAUUUAGGUUGCAAGGAAUUUCAUAUGUGUGUGUGCGUGCGUGUAUGUGUAUUAAUAAUCUCAAAUGCAGUAAAAGUAUUGCUAGUUAGGAUUGGGUGCAGCAAGAAAAUGUAUCACUGAAAUCAAACAAGCCUAUUCAAACUCUCAUGGCUUGUUGAACCCUCCAACUUUAACUGCAUUUUCCUUGAAAUCAUGCAAUCUGUAUAAAUGAAGUGUGGUUCCUACAUCUCUCUGCCUGAAGCUGUGUAUAAGUGAUGAGAGGAUAUUCUGAGGCGCAGUUUGUGGGGAAGAUGGACCUAUUCCCACAAUCAACAGAAAAUGUUAUCCAAACAAAUUUGGGCCUUGUUGAUGUCCCACUGAUUUUUUUUUU